AUGGGUCCGCGACGAAUCUCUCUCCAACCUUCAUUACUCUUUAUUCUUCAAGGGGGCAUCAGCUCUGACCCCUUUCUCCUGAUCGAGUUCAAUGCUUUAAAAGAGUACAUCCAAGAUCAUCACUGUCCUUCCUGUCUUGGGAAAUGCGACAAUAUCCGCAUACCUUGUAGAUCCUUCACUGCCAAUGCAACAGACCUCGUCAAAGCAGGUGAAUUCCUUUUCUCUAAGGAGCCUCAUCAACUCGAACUUGACCCUAUGGCACUGACGUGUUAUGAGGAGAGAGUUGUUGGAACAUUUUCUUAG